GACGUGUUUGAUGGACGGAUGAGGAUGAAGGAGUGAACUGGAAGCAGCAGCGUCGGCUUUGGUUGUUUCGCUGCAGACGGAGCCGAGAUAAAAACUUGUUUUAUUUUCUGUCGAGUCUGAGCUGAAGCUUCAGGAUGUGAACUCUGAGAGGAAACGUCCUAAAACCCGGAGGAAUGAGCUGAAACUGAACUUCAUCCGACACAUGGAUCUAAACUUCUACUGGUUUUAAGGCAGGGGUGUCAAACAUAUGGCGCGGGGGCCAAAACUGGCCCCCAAAUCCUCCAAUCUGGCCCUCGGGACUGAACAGCAGGUGGCAGCGAUGAGUUGAAGUUAACUUCCAGGUUUUUCAUUUAACGUUUUGUAAAAGAAACAUUUUCAUAAUGUUUUCAUCAAAGCAUUUGAAUUUGUUCCUUUUUAUUCUGCUGAUGUUCCUGUUCUGGUCCGGUUGAGCUUGAAGGUCUGAAUGUGGCCCCCGAACUAGAAUCCGAUCAGAGGAUCCUCUGAGUCCUGGACCGGUUUCUCAGAUCUCAGACUCUGGUGGACAUGUCCCCGGCUCUGGACUGAAAGACACUCGUCCUCCGCCCCCGUUCUCAGAUAUUAGCUUGCAGGUCUCGGGGGGAUGGCGGCGGCCAUCGCUAGCUCCCUGAUCCGACAGAAGCGCCAGGCCCGCGAGUCCAACAGCGAUAAAGUCGCCACCAACAAGAGACGAUCCAGUCCCACCAAAGACCCCCGGUCUCUGUGUGAGAGACACAUCUUCAGCGUCUUUAGCAAAGUUCGCUUCUGCAGUGGAAAGAAAAAACCGGUUCGAAGGAAACCAGAGCCUCAGCUGAAGGGAAUCGUGACGCGUCUCUUCAGCGAACAAGGAUUCUUCCUCCAGAUGUUGGGCGACGGAACCAUCAGUGGAAACAAAGACGAGAACAGCGACAACACUCUGUUCAACCUGAUCCCGGUGGGUCUGAGGGUCGUGGCCAUUCAGGGCGUGAAGGCUGGUCUGUACGUGGCCAUGAACGCUGAGGGAUUCCUCUACACAUCAGAUGUGUUCACGUCAGAGUGUAAGUUUAAGGAGUCCGUGUUCGAGAACUACUACGUCAUCUACUCGUCCACUCUGUACCGGCAGCACGAGUCGGGCCGGGCCUGGUUCCUGGGCCUCAACAAGGACGGCGUCAUCAUGAAGGGGAACCGAGUGAAGAAGACCAAACCCUGCUCACACUUCGUCCCCAGACCCAUCGAAGUCUGCAUGUAUAAGGAGCCUUCGCUCCAUGAGCUGGAGGAGAAGCUCCUGAAGUCGUCGAGGAGUCCGACUCUGAACAGCGGCGUGAGGGCGAGCAGCCGAGAGCGACAUCGGCAGGAAGAGUCCACAGAGCAGGACGGGUCGUAGCCUGCAGCGCCCCCCGCUGGAGGACCAGGAGAACUCCCAUUUUAACACUGUUCAACAACUGCAACCAACCAACGACGACGAAAACAACGAGAAAAAAGAAGCUAUGAAAAAAAAAAAAGAUCAAUAUACCGGGGAAUAAUUUUCUUGCUCGUGAUGAAGUAUUUUGAAUCAAACGGGGGAGGGGGGGCUUGUUUGGAAAAAUAUCUGGACGCUGAUGAUGAUGAUUUACAUUUUAUGCAAAAAGCCCUGCUGAAAGGAGGCUAGCACACCUACUCUUCAUCGUCAUCAUCAUCAUCCUCCUCCUUCUUCUUCUUCGUCGACUCAAAGACGAAAUGUUUUUCGCGCUGAAAACUCGAAGCUUUAAGCCAUGUAGAAACUUCACUUCCUCUCAUUUUAUGGAUGAAUGCAAAAACUCUCGCACUUUCAACACACCGCGCUUCUUUUUCUUCUUCUUCUCCUUCUUCUUCUUCACCUUCUUCUUCACCUCCGUGUUCUGUCCAAGCAGAAAGAAGAAUUCUCAGUUAGUUUCUUCGUCCGGUUUGGUUUCUGUUCUCGUGGGUUUCCGUUGCAGACGAUUGAAAAGCUCCGGUCAGGAAAGAACAGCCGGCCAGUUUCUGAAGGUGUAGCUCCACCUUCCUGCAGGUUUACAACCUUUGUUCCCUUCAUUUCAAUGAAACCGUUCAUUCGUUCAUUCCUCGCUGAAGAUUCAGUAAAAUAUAUGUAAUCCCUGAGUAGCUUCUCCAGGCAAAACCCUGAGAGGCAAAACCCAGGGUCUCAGAACACAUUUCAACACAUUUCCUAAAAAUAUUCUACAUCUGAACAAAAAGUAGCUCCUGGGCUGCAGUUCCUCUGAUUUCCUCUAGAGGCCGACAGGAGACACAUAGAUCUCUGUGUUAUAAUUAGAGCUGUGGAUUAAUUCAGAUUAAUCAGAUUAAAUCUCCUCCAUCUUUAAUCUCUAUUGAUUCGCUUCAUUGUUGAUAUAUAUUGAGAAUAUAUCUGCACUGAAUGAGUUGAUUCAACACCUUCAACAGUUUCAACAGUUUCAGAAACUAUUUGUGUCUUUUUUUAGCGAACAUUUGUCCACAUUAAUGUGUCCCUGUCCCAAACUGAGACGUUUACAGUCAUUCUGCUGCAGAUGCUUCACUGGGUUCAAAUCAUUAAUCAGAUUAAUCAUGAUGAUGGAUUAAUCCACGUUAACUCCUUAAUUUUUACAGCCUUAAUUAUAAUAUUUAUCCAGGAUCUAUCUUGUGAUUAAUGAAGUUAUAGACGUUAAUGGAACUGAUUCUCACCUUUUAAAAUCUGAUUUAAAUCCAUCAUUAAGCUCCGCCCACACAUUGUUUCAGCCGCUCAGCUUCACGACCAAAGAUUUAAUUGAGCAGAUCUUUGGAAGCAGUUGAUGGAAAAUGUAAAUUAUUUAGUUUUGUUUCUAUUUUUUAUCUUUUUGUGAUGAAUAUGUCAUAAACAUAUUAAAUGAAGGGAGUGAUUUUUACAGAAGUGAAGGAAAAGCGAACACCUUUACAGAAACAGCCGUGCUGCGUUCAGGGUCUUUUUCACAGCGUCGGAGGCGGAAAUGUUUCAGGACGUUUGGAGGAUUUAAAAGAUUCAUCAGGACGCUGACAGACGAGCGGUGUCACUGAUCUGAUUUAAAAGCUCUGAGCUACUGGAGCUGCCUCUUU